AUGACGGUCGAUGACAGUCUCUCGCCUCCUCCGCCCCGCUCGGCCUCGCAGCCCUCGAUCCUCGAUCUCUUCGAGUCUGCCCGCGCGGCCUCGCGCCCGCUCUUCAUCGCUGCUCCAAUGGUGCGCUACAGCAAACUUCCCUACCGUCUUCUCCUGCGGAACCUCGGUCUGGACGUAGUCUACACGCCGAUGAUGCUCGCGCGCGAGUUCAAAAACUCGCCGCACGCGCGCAUCGCAGACUUCUCCACCACCGCCUCGGACGCGGCUGUCACGCUCGCGCAGUUUGGCGCAAACAGCCCCGCCGACCUCGUCGCCGCCACGCGCAUCAUCCUGCCGUACGUCGCAGGCGUCGGCCUGAACUGCGGAUGCCCGAUCAAGGACCAGAUCAGCUCCGGCAUCGGCGCGGCCCUGAUGCGCAAGAUCGACCUGGUCGAGGACAUGGUGCGCGCCCUGCGCGCCGAGUUUGAAGACUCGCUCGUCAUCGACGUCAAGAUCCGCAUCCACCCAGACAUCUCCGAGACGCUCGACUUUGCGCGCCGCGUCGCUGCCGCCGGCGCAAACAUCGUCACCGUCCACGGCCGCAGGACGAAAGACCGCAGCGGCGCCGUGCCCGUCAAUCUCGAGGCCAUCAAGCGCGUCCGCGAUGCGCUGCCAAAACACGUCUACGUCGUCGCCAACGGCGACUGCUUCUCGCUCGCCGACGCGAGGCGGAUCGCAAGCGAAACCGGCGUCGACGGCGUCAUGGCCGCGCGCGGCCUGCUCGAGAACCCGGCUUUGUUUCUCGAGCCGUUUUCAGGCAAGCAGACGCCGUGGAAAGCACUCGAGCUGUAUUGCGCCUACGCCGAGCUCUACGGCUUGAAAGGCAAGUUCCAGCAUUUGCAGCUGGCGAUUGUCGAUAUGACGGUCGGCUUGCUCACAAAGCAGGAGAGACAGCAGUUGCGCAUGGCCCGGAAUUGGGAACAGUUGAUGGAAUAUAUCGAUUCAAAGUUUGUGCUUAAACGAAGAGGGCAGCCUGGGUUUGCGGAGCUGGAGUAUGAGGGCUUUCGCAAGAGUUGA